UAGAAAUAAAAACAUAUGUCAAAAGAUUUUGUUGCUAGGUCCUUAAUUUUAUCUCAAUACCGGCAUCGGAAGACAAUUUUGAUGCAUUUUUUACGAAAAUUAUUUUAUACCACGUCGUAUCUACUGUUGGCUGACAAUUUGACUUCUCUUGCUGCAAAACAUAUUAGUGUCAGUACUGUGCUCUCAACUUUUGGUGUAACUGCAGCAGCCUUCUGUACCAAAGUUUCAAACGCCGAUAACAUUUCAGCAAAUAGUAUCAUGGAUAGUGGAGAAUUUAAGUAUGAAUCGGGCAAAAGUUCUGUAGCUUUUGUAACUGCACCAGAUGAGAAAAUUGCCAAGAAACUAGCCCACGGUUUGGUGGAGCAAAAAUUAGCAGCAUGUAUCAACAUCAUACCCAACAUACAAUCCAUUUAUAUGUGGGAGGGCAAGGUAAACGAGGACAAUGAAUAUCUGAUGAUGAUAAAGACUCAAACAACACAUGUGGAGGAACUAACGAAAUGGGUUCGCGACAAUCAUCCCUACAGUGUGGCAGAGGUCAUAACAUUACCCAUAGAGAAAGGAAAUUUGCCAUAUAUGAAAUGGUUGGCAGAAUCUGUGCCAGAGAAGAAGUAAAUAAAGUUCAUACACAAUGAGAUUUAGGUUAUAGUUUUGUACAUUCAACAACCUUUCUUCAUGAUCGAAUAUUGUAAAUAAAAAAUAAUAAACAUUUGUAAACUCAGAACCUUUACAUAAAUACGCAAGCAAAUUUUGUAAUAAUAAAAGAUAAAGAAACUCUUGGAACCGAA